UCCUGUGUGAGGGCAGCUGCAGUACAAGGGGAGCGCUCGGGGGCUGCAGACCUCUCCGCACCCUGCGAGUCGAUCAAUGUGCUUUUCCUCCUAUCACUCGUUUGCAAAUAACUCCGUCACACGAGACACUAAUUCAUUUACUCAACAUUCGGGUUUGUAGUUGAAAUCAGCUUAUUAAGAUCGAAGAAGACUUUUUUAUAUUGCUCGUCUUAAACGAGCAAUGGAAGAAGUAUUGUCAGAGGGGAAGAAUUUCAGAUUACUUGAAGACUCUGAACUGCCAGACAUAAUUGAAUUUAUUGGACAAUUUUUACCUCAUUCAAUUAAGUUUCAUCAAACACUGAAGACUUAUCUCAACGAUCGAGUUUGGGAUUUUCAUUUCUACGUGACGAAAACCUGGCCUGAUCAGCCCGUGAUCCUCCACUUUCCUGGCAUGACAAGCACGCCCAACGGGAAGAUAUACGAAAGCUUCAGUGUCUUCUGCCCUUGUGAUCAACUGGAAUAUUUGGAAUUGUUGAGAGAAGAAGAUGUGUUAAUAGACUGGACACAACCAAUUUAUCUAAACUUUACCCACGCUAACAUUAUGAAUAAAAUCGAAGAGUUUUACAGUGAUAUAGGAACAAUCGAAAAACAAUAUGGAGAUAUCUACGCUAUAAGCGAACUCACCAAGGAGGAUGAUAGUAUAAAUGUGGUAUUCGCAGAGGAUGCGGAGAUGCUGCAGUUAACUCCCGAGCAUGCUCAAACCAUCCACGACCUAUACCCGGCAAACCACAUGGAAUGCGUGGAGAUUUUCGAAAAACUAAUUAAAAAACUACCUUGCUACGGUGUCUUUUCAGCUUCAGGUGAAUUAGCAGCAUGGAUGGUUCAAUCUUAUUAUGGAGCCAUGUUUUCAAUGCAAACGCGACCUGAAUACAGAAGGAAAGGCUACGGCCUGAUCCUCGCCAAGUACCUGACAAAAGUGGUGACGGAAAGAGGAUACCUUCCUUUCGUCGUCAUCCGUCCUGAAAACGAUGCAUCAAAGGCUCUGUAUUCUAAGUUAGGUUUCAAAAAACAUUUCGAAACUGUUAGAGCGAUCUUACGCCCACACGAAAGGGCAAAUGAUGAACAAGGCGGAGGGACGAACAGCCAGUAAAUAAUUGUAAUAGUAAUGUUGGUCAUAGGCUGCUGACGCACAUGUUUAAGCUAGCAGCUUACAACCGUUGACACACAAACAGCUUGGGUUUUUUCUGACAACUAUAAAUUUUGAAUACUAUUCGUUUACCCACAAGUCUAACCGUAAUCGAAAUGUUGCUAGUGUCUUGUCUCGUCAAAGCAUUAGCGCGUGCAAGAAGAGAGAGUAUUUUGUAAAUUUUUAUUCAGAAGCAAAACGUUUCUAUUUACUGUCUUGGCGAUGACGAAAUUGUAAGUAUUUUUUAGAAUGCACAAUGAAGAAAACUACUUCGUAAAUCAAGGUUUAAACAAACCAAAAACAAUGAGUUCGACCACAGAAAUAAAAAAUAAUAGCUACUGGAGCCUUUGAUACGUAUCGUCAAAAUAGUAAUCCCAAUAGUGUCAAGUCAAUAUCGAGGAAAUGGGUAAAAGCUCAAACCAAAAAGUUUGACGUUUAAAAGGGACCGUAGCUAAACUUGUUUAGACGAUUUUUAUUUUUGAUGAUACGUUAGAUUAUGCAGUGUGAUUUAAAUGUUUGUCAAGUUGGUUUUGAAUUUUCAGCGUAGUUGCUGAUGAUGGAAUUGACUAGUUACAAAUCUGCCAAGUGCCAAAUUUAUCCGGCGCAAAAUAUUUACAGUCUAGAGUCUUGACAGGCAAACAUUUAUAAUCACUCAGUAGAAGAUAUAGUUAAUCUAAACUAUCACUUCCAAUUAUAAUGCUUGUUGAUUUGCGUUUAAACUGCCAUUAUAAAAUUUACUUUUACAACAAGUGUUAUAAAUCGGGCCUGACACCACACAGUUUGAUGUCAAGUACCUAGAUUGGAAAAUUUUUGUGGUCAAUGAAAAUCUUUGUAAAUUCGAUUAGUUCUAAAUUAGGUGAAAUUUAUCUAGUAUAAAAAAUUCUUCCAAAUUAUUCAUUGUGCAGAACAGAUGACGGUUGGCACAUUUACACAAAUUAAAUUUGUUCAAAACACAGCAACGAUCUUUAGUAUUUUAAUACAUUUCAGAUGCUAUUGUAUGCAACAAUUUUUAGAGCCCAUCAAUAUCAACUCUGGCGAAAUGUGGAAAUUUCAAAACAGUGAACAACUGAGUGUACAAGAGAAUCAUGUACCAAUAUAUCGUAAUUUAAUCUACAUACAUAUCUAAACUUGGUAGAAAAAGUUUGAAGCCAAAAUUUGAUAACAUUUUAUAUGAUAAUAAAUUUAAAUUAGUUUUAUGAGUAAUUUGGUCCUCUCUUGCGAUAAAUAAAAAAGGAAAUUGUUCAGAUAUGUUAACAGUUUUGACUUAAGCCUCUAAACGUUACAUAAAACUAACUAGAAAAUCUAAUUCGUCAUUUACAAACUUAACAAAGUAACGAAAUUUGUAAAAUUUGCAAAAAUUAUUCAAGCAAAAAUAUCUUUGACGACAAAAUUAUCUUUACAAGCAAAAAUUUCGAAAAUAAUAUUCGUCAUCAAACGUGACACUAUUUUUAGUUUAAAUAAUUUGAAAUCAAAAAGUGGUAAAAUGCAUUUUUUUUCAAAAAAUGUAAGUACAGUUUGUGAAAAAUAAAAAUUUUAAUUAAUUUGAAAAGAAAAUGCCAAAUCCAGAGGUAGACAUCUACUUAACAGUAUUUGAGAUUUCCACAUUUCCAAUAUCAUACUCAUGUUUGCAGAUGUUGCAAACCCAUCUCAACAUAACUUAAAAUUAACAUUGUCUUAAACUAGGUCCAUCUAUGAUAUCUUGCACCCAGUUGCUUCAAAACUUGCCUAAAACAAUUUUUGAAACUCUUCACUACACAAUUCCUCUAAUUGAUAGGUUUAAAAGUUGUUUCAGUAACAAUGUACAUCAACACCUGUUUGUUUUUGUGUCGUUUAGAGUUAUUUUCCGUUUAAACGUUUAAGCGUUUAAAAGAGACGAACAUUAUUCAUUAUUCAGUCGUUUCAUCCAAAGACAUAGGUACACUUUAUGUAGAUUUAUUUGAAACAAAGGUCCGCAGUGUUCUACUAAUUCAACUGUAAGGGUUAUAACUGAUAUUCUGAUGUUAAUUUGACUGAAUAAAGAAUCGGAGUCGCUCAUUUAAAUAAAAGAUCCUUCCUCAGAAAGGCUGUGCUAUUCAUAACUCAAGCGUGAUGAGUAUAGUUAAAGAAACUGUAUCUAAAUUUUUCAAAUUUUGGUUCUUGAUUAUGGUAUUAAAUCGAUGCCGCUGAUGUGUACAUGUGACCGAAGAAAGUCACUAAGGUUACAAACCAUUCCGGCUGUUGGCAUUAGUGAUUUCAAAAUCACAUAGCAACAAUAAGUAUUAUCCAAAAAUGUGUUGAUUUUGAAAAAUGCAAAGUAACCAAGACUUGAUUGGUAAACACAUCCCGUUAUUGUUAUUUUGUAUAGUAAACUACUGGUGUUAGAAGUUUUGGCCCACCGUGAAUUUCUUGUAACGUAUUUUUUGAAAAUUCAUUAAUUCACACAAGUGGAAGAAAUCCACUCUGUACUCAAAAUAACGAGAAACUCAAAAUACACAAAAGCCACUAUUAACAAAGUAAGAAUAAUAAUAAUAAAUGAUAUUUCCAAUUUUCCGAUGUAACAUUUGCCUUAUGUAACCACGAAAACAUUGUAAAUAUUCUGUCCUUCAGUUGCUCGUUAUAUUGAAUACAGUCUAAUAUUUAAUAUACUCUUCAGGAGAUUGGUGAUCAGUGUUAGAAAAGGUGUGGCAGUUGAAAUGAAAAGAAAAACUAAUUGGUGAAACAUGCCUCACACUGAUUUUAACAUUAUGUAAAUAUUUUUAAAAGGUGUGCAAAGCUUUGUUUCCUUAGAAAUAUUUUAACUUUGGUUUUCCUCAUUUCAGUUUGUCACAUCGUAGACCUAAGUAUUUUCAGUUUGUUUGCCAACUCAAUCAGGCCAUAGGUAGAAGAUAUACUUUUAUCUCUAGAUCUACCUUGCAAUUCAAGUAGUAACGAACACAAAAACAACAUGGUCAUAACUUUAGAAACAGAUAUUUUGUAAUAAUCUGCAUGUGCGUCGAAGAACGACGAUCUUAUGAAGAAUAACAACUUCUUGUAUAGUUAUAUAAAAGCGUAAUAUUGCUCAAAUACUUCAUCUUAGUAUAAAUAUGACACCAAAGAAGGACAUGACCGUAACUUCUGGAAAGCAACAAAUUACGUGAAUUGUGUACACAGUAGCGAUUACUUGCGGAGUAACUAAAUCUUAAACACUGUGAUUAAAGAAUAAAGACUGAAAUGAGGAACUAUUAUAUGUGUGGGAUAUUAGAUUAGAUCUGGUUAUAUUUUAGUAAAAAACAAAUUUCCCUGAAGGUUACGGCCAUGUCACGUUAUUAGCAGGUUAUUUCGACGCACAUGUGGACACCAUGGAUCGUUUAGUGCUUUAAAUCCACCAUAUCUAAUUUUUUAUAGGAUGGUGUAAAAAUUUAGAAAUGAAAUCUUAAGGCGAUUGUAAGCCGGCUGAUUAGCUUCCUGUUGUUAGUUUUAACCCUUAAAACUUUCAACAAGAUGGUGCAUACCAGCCAUUGUGAUAUUUAAUUGUAGAUACAGCAUAAAAAUAAGCUUUGAUUAUACGCUCUAGAGUAUAGUCAAAGAAGUACUAAAAUUAUAAAAACUGAAGAAAAUAAAAGCGUUGCCUAUAUCUUUUUGAAUUACCGCGGCAAAGUGCGCUUGUUGCCCAGUUGAAAACUUAUUCUCUUUAUGAAAAACCAGAUUGGCGUUGACAGUUUUUAAUAUACCUAAUAUAUUAUAAGUACCAUAUUUCCACUCAUUUUAUGUGUAAUACUAGGCCUAUAGACGAUAGAAAUACACAUAAAUUAGAAACGACCAAGUAUGAUGUGGAAUUGCCUUAAUGUCUGUCGUAAAGGGGCAUUUGGGCAACUCAUCAUCGACUAUAUUUUACUUCGUCAAAAGAAAAAUAAAAACUUCAAAAGUAA